UCUGUUUGACAUCAUCAGUCGGGCAGGGGCAGGAACUGCUGAAGCUGCCGCUGCCCAACAGGGAAAGGUCCCAGGAGGAGCUUGAGAGAGACCCGGGUGAUUCUGCAGUGAGCUGCCACACCGGCGUUUCUUCCCCCAAGAGCCGCCUUUUGCGUGUUUGUGCGGACUGCAGCUGCGUAUUGGGCACAAGUGCAUCUGGGGUCAGGAGGGUCACAGCCACCAGUGCCUAUGAACUGGAGUGGAUGGAAAUUGUGGCAAGCCGACUUCUUCCAGUCUGGGACACACUUGUGGUUAUGAAAUCAUCCAGGCUCAGAAUAAAAAAGAGAGAGAAAAGAAAAAGUUUUGACAGAACUGCCCUACACCUGAAGGCUGCGAAUGAAUGGGGUAUCCACGAGUUUAGGGGGAGGGCGCUGGCAGCAAGAGUGUGCGGAGCAGGGUCACCCCCUUGCAGAACCAUCCCACUGUUGCCUCUGUGCAUGGUGCAAAGAAGGUGUUCAACAAUGCUUGCUGGCCAGCACCUGGAUGGACUGGAUGGAUCAUGUCCUAAGUGUCCUUCAGGUAUGGAUCUCUGGCAGCUGCUGCUGACCUUGGCACUGGCAGGCUCAAGUGAUGCUUUUUCUAGGAGUGAGGAUUCUUCUGGGAAGCCUAAAUUCACCAAGUGCCGUUCACCUGAACUAGAGACUUUUUCAUGCCACUGGACAGAUGGGGUUCAUCAUGGUUUAAAACGCCGGGGAUCAGUACAGCUGUUCUAUAUUAGAAGGAGUACUCAAGAAUGGACCCAAGAAUGGAAAGAAUGCCCUGAUUAUGUCUCUGCUGGAGAAAACAGCUGUUACUUUAAUUCAUCAUAUACCUCCAUUUGGAUACCUUACUGUAUCAAGCUGACUAACAAUGGUGGUACAGUGGAUCAAAAGUGUUUCUCUGUUGAGGAAAUAGUGCAACCAGAUCCACCCGUUGGCCUAAACUGGACUUUACUGAACAUCAGUUUAACUGGGAUUCAUGCAGAUAUCCAAGUAAGAUGGGAACCACCACCCAAUGCGGAUGUUCAAAAAGGAUGGAUAGUUCUGGAGUAUGAAUUACAAUACAAAGAAGUAAAUGAAACUCAGUGGAAAAUGAUGGACCCUGUGUUGUCAACAUCAGUUCCAGUAUACUCGUUGAGACUGGAUAAAGAGUAUGAAGUGCGUGUGAGAUCCAGACAACGAAACUCUGAAAAAUAUGGCGAGUUCAGUGAGGUGCUUUAUGUAACACUUCCUCAAAUGAGCCCGUUUGCAUGUGAAGAAGAUUUCCAGUUUCCAUGGUUCUUAAUUAUCAUCUUUGGAAUAUUUGGGCUGAUGGUCAUGCUAUUUGUAUUCGGAUUUUCUAAACAGCAAAGGAUUAAGAUGCUGAUUCUACCCCCAGUUCCAGUUCCAAAGAUUAAAGGCAUCGAUCCGGAUCUUCUCAAGGAAGGAAAAUUAGAGGAGGUGAACACAAUCUUAGCCAUUCAUGAUAACUAUAAACCUGAAUUCUACAAUGAUGAUUCUUGGGUGGAAUUUAUUGAGCUAGACAUUGAUGACCCCGAUGAAAAGACUGAAGGCUCAGACACAGACAGACUUCUAAGCAGUGACCAUCAGAAAUCACUUAAUAUCCUAGGGGCAAAGGAUGAUGACUCUGGACGUACCAGCUGUUAUGAACCUGACAUCCUAGAGACUGAUUUCAGUGCCAUUGACGUGUGUGACGGUACCUCAGAGGUUGCUCAGCCACAGAGAUUAAAAGGGGAAGCAGAUCUUGUGUGCCUUGACCAGAAGAAUCAAAAUAACUCACCUUACCCUGACACUUCCCCUGCCACUCAGCAGCCCAGUGUUGUCCUAGCAGACGAAAGCAAACCACGCCCAUGUCUUGUUGGAAAUGAGACAACUCAUCAAGCUGCCCAUGCUCAGCUAAGCAAUCCAAGUUCACUGGCAAACAUUGACUUUUAUGCCCAGGUGAGCGACAUUACACCAGCAGGGAGUGUGGUCCUUUCUCCGGGCCAAAAGAAUAAGGCAGGGAUAUCCCAAUGCGACACGCAUCCAGAAGUGAUCUCACUCUGCCAAGCCAACUUCAUCAUGGACAGCGCCUACUUCUGCGAAGCAGAUGCCAAAAAAUGCAUCGCUGUGGCCCCUCACAUGGAGGUCCAAUCACACAUAGAGCCAAACUUUAACCAGGAGGAUAUUUAUAUCACCACAGAAAGCCUUACCACUACUGCUGGGAGGUCUGGGACAGCAGAAUGUGCUCCAGAGUCUGAGAUGCCUGUCCCAGAUUAUACCUCCAUUCAUGUAGUACAGUCUCCACGGGGCCUCAUACUCAAUGCCACCGCCUUGCCCUUGCCUGAAAAAGAGUUUCUCUCAUCUUGUGGCUACGUGAGCACAGACCAACUGAACAAAAUCAUGCCAUAGCCUUUCUUGGAUUUCCCAAGAGCUAUGUAUUUAAUGGCAAAGAAUCAGCUGGGGCACGAAUGCUUAAACCAAAUCAAUCUUUAAACCUUUUGGGGUGGGGAGGGUGAAGUGUGGAUCCUAAAUGCCUUUUCCUGAAAUGUUGAAACAUGGUAUUAAAAAGAAAAAAUAAGAAGGAUGUUUAAUCGGAUAGAUAUUCCUGUUGUGAAUUGUAAAUAUUUUAAAUAAUUGUCUCAAAGACUGUUUAGUGGCAGUGAUUGUCUUGUUCUUGUGAGUGUUAAUUUUGUGAUACUAAGCAUUGAAUGGCUAUGUUUUUAAUGUCUAGUAAAUCAUGCUUUUUGAAAAAGCGGAAAAUCAGGUGGCUUUUGCAGUUCAGGAAAAUUGAAUGCAAAUCACAGCACAGGCUAAUUUGUUUCUUUUUUAAAUAAUCGGGAACUAAAAUAUAGGGAAGGAGGCAAAAAUAGUUUGGAUAUGUAAAAUAUUUAUUUUGACAUAAAACUGAUACAGAUAUUUUUAAUGAUUUAGACUUCAAGCAUGGCUAUUUUCUAUGACACUAGACACUGUGUACUGUAGUUCAGUUUACCCAUCUAAGGAAUGUAGCAACUGCAGUCUAGAGCUGGUUUAAGGCUUUUGUCAAUGCACCGAAAGAAAAACAAAUGUUAGUUUUUUACAAGGCCCUUUUAUACCUCUCCAAACUCAAACUCCUUAAACACAAUUCUAAAGUGCUUGCAGUAACCUGCAUUAUUGGAACGUACUUAUUGUGUCUUGUGUCUGAAUUUUUAAACAAAUAUUUGUUAAUUUAGAAAACUUUUAAAUGUUUGCACAUAUCAACUGCCCAUGAACCAAAAACAAUGCAAAAGCAAAAAAACAAACAAACAAACUUCCUUCACCCAAUUGUGGUUCAUGCCAGAGAGCUACAUGCUAAGAGAAGUGGAAGGGAAAGCUAGUUCAUAUUGACCUGGACGCUAAAGUGCUAUGUUUGCUCAUGGAGUGAGGAUUUUAGUGCGUGUGCGUUAUGAGAGAUAAACUCUAUAACCACUACAGUGGAAUCUCUUCAAACCCAACUAGGUUUGAUAUCAUAGUUACCUAAGAAGGGAAUAAGGUGCAAGAAGAAUUUUGUAAGUUGAAGCAAGUUGAAUGAAGUUAACCAGGUAACAGAAGAAAGAGUUCGAAAAAGGAGUUUUUAUUUUCCCACUUAUAACCAGACAUAUAUUCAUUUUUCAUGGUAAUGAGGGACAGAAGAGACAAGGUUUUCAGCCCCCAUAGAUAACUCAAAAUAACUUAAAUCAUUAACAGAAACUUUCUUUCUCAUCAAAAGUUUUAUAGGACUUAUUUAAAGUAUUAAAAGAAGGAAUUUCUUCAUUUUUUCAUUUUCUGUCUAAAGCAGGCAGUCAGAAGAAAAAGAAGGCACCUGAGUAACUUAUAAAUUAUUUUACAACCCCUUGAUAUCCUAAACAUCAUUCUUAGGAGCACUGGGAUAGAUCCCAAAAGAUUUAUGAUACAGAGAAGAGGCUCAUCUCACUGAACAAUACUUCUCAUUGUUUAAAAAAGCUUAAAACUUAGACAUUAGCUUUAACUUAAAUAGUAUUUGCCAUUUAGCUCAGACCUUUAUAGGAAGCAAGCUUAAUGGUUGAUAAUUUUAAAUUCCCUCUUUCUUGUAGGAAGGACAAUGAAAGGCUAGAAUUGGGUCUUUAAAGUUCAAUAUGUUACUUUGUAAUAGAUGUUUAAUACAUUUUCUGCUAUCUUGCUGCUAUGGUUUUCUCCAAGAGCUACAUCAUUUAGUUUCAUAUAAAAUAUCAUCAGUGUAGAACUGAAUUCGAUUUAAAGCUGUGUGUUUGAAAGAACCGUAUUACUAUUUCACAAUAGGCUGACAUUUCUAUAGCCAAAAAUAGCUAAAUACCUCAAUCAGUCUCAGAAUGUCAUUUUGGUACUUUGCUGGCCACACAAGCCAUUAUUCACUAGUAUGACUAGUUGUGUCCUGCAGUUUAUAUUUAACUUUCUUUAUGUCUAUGGAUUUUUUCCUUCAAAGUUUAAUAAAUUUAUUUUCUUGGA